GCUGUCCUUUCCACGUACUCCGCCGUUAGGAGUGGUAUAUUGAAGUUUGGCGGAGAUAACAAUCAAUAAUUAAAGAUGGUGCACUUUACGGUGGAUCAGAUACGUUCUUUAAUGAACAAGAAAAAAAACAUCCGUAACAUGUCUGUUAUUGCCCAUGUAGACCACGGAAAGUCAACUCUGACAGACUCUCUUGUAUCUAAGGCUGGUAUUAUUGCUGCUGCCAAAGCUGGAGAAGCUAGGUUUACAGACACCAGAAAAGAUGAACAAGAAAGAUGCAUUACUAUAAAAUCCACGGCUCUUUCCAUGUACUUUGAGUUGGAAGAUAAAGAUUUGCAAUUCAUUACAUGGGAAAAUCAAAGAGAAAAAGGCGAAAAGGGUUUUUUGAUCAAUUUGAUUGAUUCUCCGGGCCAUGUAGACUUUUCUUCAGAAGUUACAGCUGCCUUACGUGUAACUGAUGGAGCCCUGGUUGUUGUGGACUGUGUUAGUGGAGUGUGUGUUCAGACAGAAACUGUGCUACGCCAAGCAAUUGCAGAACGAAUAAAACCUGUUCUAUUCAUGAAUAAGGUGGACUUGGCUCUAUUGACUCUACAGCUUGAAGCUGAGGAGCUCUAUCAAACAUUCCAGAGAAAUAUUGAAAACAUCAAUGUCAUCAUUGCCACAUACAGUGAUGAGACAGGACCAAUGGGUGAUAUAAAGGUGGAUCCAAUGAAAGGAAGUGUUGGAUUUGGUUCUGGUCUCCAUGGAUGGGCAUUCACUCUCAAACAGUUUUCUGAAAUUUAUGCUGAGAAGUUUAAAAUCGACAUUGAUAAGCUAAUGGGUAAAUUGUGGGGUGAGAACUAUUAUAAUCCACAGACAAAAAAAUGGAGCAAGAAGGCUGGUGAAGGGUACAAGAGAGCUUUCAUAAUGUUUGUGUUGGACCCUAUUUACAAGGUGUUUGAUGCUAUCAUGAAUUACAAGAAAGAAGAAACAUCCAAGCUCUUAGAGAAGCUGAAUAUAGUUUUGAAAGGAGAAGAUAAGGAAAAAGAUGGAAAGAAUCUUCUAAAGGUGGUGAUGCGAACUUGGCUUCCUGCUGGUGACUCUCUUCUCCAGAUGAUCACCAUUCACUUGCCUUCACCAGUGACUGCCCAGAAGUACCGUAUGGAAAUGCUUUAUGAAGGGCCAUUAGAUGAUGAGGCUGCUGUAGCCAUCAAGGCAUGUGAUCCAAAUGGACAUUUGAUGAUGUACAUAUCAAAGAUGGUUCCUACCACUGAUAAAGGUCGUUUCUAUGCAUUUGGCCGAGUAUUUUCUGGAACUGUAUCAUCAGGUUUGAAGUGUCGUAUCAUGGGUCCUAAUUAUGUGCCAGGCAAGAAAGAAGACAUUGUCGAAAAGUCCGUUCAAAGAACUAUACUUAUGAUGGGUCGGUACGUAGAACCAAUUGAAGACGUUCCAUGUGGAAACAUCUGUGGACUGGUUGGUGUAGAUCAGUUUUUAGUAAAAACUGGUACCAUUUCCACAUUCAAAGAUGCACAUAACAUGAAGGUGAUGAAAUUCUCUGUAAGUCCUGUAGUGAGAGUUGCUGUUGAACCUCAAAAUCCUGCUGACCUGCCCAAACUUGUAGAAGGUCUGAAACGUCUAGCAAAAUCUGAUCCUAUGGUUCAGUGUAUUAUUGAAGAAUCAGGAGAACACAUUAUUGCUGGAGCUGGUGAAUUGCACUUGGAAAUCUGUCUGAAAGACUUGGAAGAAGAUCAUGCUGGAAUUCCACUAAAGAAAACUGAUCCAGUUGUAUCGUAUCGUGAAACUGUUUCUGAAGAAUCUAAAAUUACGUGUCUCUCAAAGUCUCCAAAUAAGCACAACAGGCUGUUCAUGAAGGCCAAUCAACUUUCUGAUGGCUUACCAGAGGACAUUGAUAAUGGUAAAGUGACCCAUAAAGAUGACUUUAAGGCACGUGCUCGUUAUCUGACUGAAAAAUAUAGCUGGGAUGCCACAGAAGCACGAAAGAUUUGGGCUUUUGGACCUGAGGGCAGUGGACCAAACCUUCUGGUGGAUUGUACCAAGGGUGUUCAGUAUUUAAAUGAAAUCAAGGAUUCUGUAGUAGCUGGAUUCCAGUGGGCCACAAAAGAGAGUGUUCUCUCAGAAGAAAACAUGAGAGGAGUUCGUUUCAAUAUUUACGAUGUGACACUUCAUGCUGAUGCUAUUCACCGUGGUGGAGGACAGAUCAUCCCAACAGCUCGUCGAUGUUUGUAUGCUUGCAUGCUUACAGCAGAACCUCGUAUCAUGGAGCCUGUUUACUUGGUGGAAAUUCAGUGUCCUGAAGCAGCUGUUGGAGGUAUUUAUGGAGUACUAAACCGCAGGAGAGGAAUAGUUUUUGAAGAGGCUCAGGUUGCAGGAACUCCCAUGUUCAUUGUCAAGGCAUACUUACCUGUGAAUGAAUCUUUUGGUUUCACAGCUGAUCUUCGUUCAAGCACUGGUGGUCAGGCCUUCCCACAGUGUGUAUUUGACCACUGGCAGAUCUUACCUGGUGAUCCAAUGGAUGGCAAGUCACGUCCCUGGCAGAUAGUGAUGGAUACUAGAAAACGUAAAGGACUGAAGGAUUCUAUUCCUGAACUUGACCAGUACUUGGAUAAAUUAUAAAAAAUUUUGCCAUUUAGUGUUUGUACUUCCCACCCCACCCUGAAGUGCAAAUAAAAUGUGCAGUUAAAAGGUUACAAGAGCAA